CCGGAAGAAAGAUCCGCUCUUCCCCCAGAACCGUCACCGGCGGCGAUCGUGAAAAGUGAAAACAGUUUCUCAAAGCUCUGUCUUCAACAAUGGCGACUGCUGCCGUCGAGAUGAAAGGACUUGAACCAUAUUACCAGCAACACAACCACGAGCUCCAGCUCUUGGUUCGGCAGAAGACGCUCGAUUACAAUCGUCUCAUAGCUCAACGGAAUGAGCUCAAUUCUUGAGGUGGCUGCUCCAAUCUCGCAGCUUUGUUCCUUCUAGCCCUAGUUUUUUUUUUUUUUUUCUUUCUCCGCCCGCUGUAUUUGAAUCUUUAGGGGAAGGCUUAUUUCUUAAAUGUGAUUGGUAAUUUUACGGUGUUUGACUUUGUUUUUGAGCAGUGAGGAUGGUGAGGGAAGAGCGGCAGCUGCUUCAGGAGCCUGGGUCUUACGUUGGGGAGGUUGUCAAAGUAAUGGGCAAAAACAAGGUCUUAGUAAAGGUCCAUCCAGAGGGGAAAUACAUUGUGGAUAUCGACGAAAGUAUAGACAUCACAAAGAUCACACCUUCGACAAGGGUGGCUCUUCGUAACGACAGCUAUGUUCUUCACCUUGUGUUGCCCAGCAAGGUGGAUCCUCUGGUCAAUCUUAUGAAAGUUGAGAAGGUUCCGGAUUCUACCUAUGAUAUGAUUGGUGGGCUUGAUCAACAGAUUAAAGAAAUGAAGGAGGUCAUUGAACUUCCAAUUAAACACCCUGAAUUAUUCGAGAGCCUUGGAAUUGCUCAACCGAAGGGUGUCUUACUGUAUGGUCCACCUGGAACUGGGAAAACUCUCUUGGCUAGAGCUGUUGCCCAUCAUACUGACUGCACUUUCAUUAGGGUCUCUGGUUCCGAACUAGUUCAGAAGUACAUUGGUGAAGGCUCCAGAAUGGUCAGGGAGCUUUUUGUUAUGGCAAGAGAGCAUGCACCAUCUAUCAUCUUCAUGGAUGAAAUCGAUAGUAUCGGUUCUGCCCGAAUGGAAUCUGGAAGUGGCAAUGGAGAUAGUGAGGUGCAGAGAACUAUGCUUGAGCUGCUCAAUCAGCUUGAUGGAUUUGAAGCAUCUAACAAGAUCAAGGUCCUGAUGGCCACAAAUCGUAUCGAUAUUCUUGAUCAAGCUCUGCUCAGGCCUGGACGAAUCGACAGGAAGAUCGAGUUCCCUAAUCCUAAUGAAGACUCUCGCUGGGAUAUCUUGAAAAUUCAUUCAAGGAGAAUGAACUUGAUGCGUGGGAUUGACUUAAAGAAGAUAGCAGAAAAGAUGAAUGGAGCAUCAGGUGCAGAGCUCAAGGCGGUGUGCACAGAGGCAGGGAUGUUUGCGCUCAGGGAGAGGAGGGUGCACGUAACACAGGAAGAUUUCGAGAUGGCGGUGGUUAAGGUUAUGAAGAAGGAGACGGAGAAGAACAUGUCGUUGAGGAAGCUGUGGAAGUAAUUUUGAUGAAACAAGAGAUGGAGAGCUGCAAAAAAACUACUAGUUUCUU